GUAAGACGGGAAAGCGCGCUGCCGGGGGCGGUUUCGGUUUUCGGCGCGCGCGUCCGCGGAGGCCCGGCCUGUGAAGGUUCUGGAUCCCGCGGCAAGAUGAGCCUGGGGCCGGGACAGGUGAAGCUGUGAUGAGUUACCCAAGCUGCACAGCUAAUUAAGUAGCAGAGGAGAUUAGAACUCAGGUUUCUUGCCUCCCAAAUUGUACAUGAAGGAACUGGAGUUUGGGGGUUUAACCUCUGGUUGGAAGUGACCCCAAGACUCAAGAGAGGAUUCUGGACCUUCGAGGAUUGUUAAAAAUGAGUCUGCGGAAGCAAACCCCUAGUGACUUCUUAAAGCAGAUCAUCGGGCGGCCAGUUGUGGUGAAAUUAAAUUCUGGCGUGGAUUAUCGAGGGGUGCUGGCCUGCCUGGAUGGCUAUAUGAACAUAGCACUGGAGCAGACAGAGGAGUAUGUGAACGGACAGCUGAAGAAUAAGUACGGAGACGCGUUCAUCCGAGGAAACAAUGUGCUAUACAUAAGUACGCAGAAGAGGCGGAUGUGAAGACACCGGGAGGGAGACACUGCUCUUCAGAGAUGGAAAGAUGAAGUUGUUUUGGUUCUCUUAUGAACUUAGCCUGUUUUCCUGGUGGUUGGUGGGGGCUUGUUUUGUCUUGUUUUUUUUAUUGACAUUGGAGUAAGAUAGAGGUAUUAUAUUACAAAUUGAACCUUAAGUUUGUCACAUUUGUGUCUCGUUCUUUAUUAUUUCUGCCUGUACAGAAUGCUACAUUAAAACAGUUUGUUCUCGAGGAUUAUCCUA